GCAUGCAGCUCUGAGUCCCGGUGCAGGCAGAGCUGCGCGCAGAGCUCGGACCAGCAGCACCUGAGGUCCCUGUAAUCUCGGUAAAGACACGCGGAUACACGGGACACCGUUAUAAAGCGCACGAGACGCUGCGCGUGAAAGGAAGGUUUAUUUUUUCCUCCGUGCACUUUUAGGACUUUUAUCAGGAGUGUGGACACGCUGCGGGUUUGUGCGCGAGGGACCGCCGCGAUGUCCUCAAUAACGGAACUGUAGUCCGCGUGCGGGUGACAUAUCCCGGACAGCGCGCACGAAGGAGCUCUGCUUACACUUUGCUGUGCGAUGCAGCUCCAGACGCACGUUUGGAUGUAAACGCAGAGACACCGCAUGAGUUCAUAUUUAAUUUCUUUCUAAUAAAAACAUUUUUUUUGACGUUGUACCGGUCGUGGCAACCGGUUUUUGACCUCUUAGCGCGCUCGCGCGUGCGUACUCCUAAAUGCCCGGCCGCUCGCGGGACUCGCGGGGCUCUCGAGGCUGGACGAAGAGAUGAGCUCGUGGCUCGUACUGCUCGUCGCGCUCGUGGCGUGUCUGGGACUCGGCGGCGCGCAGGACCCAGUCCCUGUGUCUCUGGUUAAUUUAGUGAUGAACUCUCCCAUCUCGUCCAUGAAGGACCUGCAGGAGCUGCUGGACGUUCACUCCGUAGAUAAAGAAGAAGAAGAGGACGAGGAGCAUACGAACGGGACGCACAAACGCUUUCCCAGAAGUCUCGGUGGAGACGUGCAGAUGGCUCAGCCUGCUGUGUGUAAGGUGAGGACAGAGGUGAUGGAGGUGACGCGCUCCAUGUUGGACAGAAGCAACGCUAACUUUCUGCUCUGGCCGCUGUGUGUAGAGGUGCAGCGCUGCUCAGGCUGCUGCAACACGCGCACGCUACAGUGUGUGCCUGUUGCCACGGAGACGCGCCAUCUACAGAUGACAAAGAUCCAGUUCGUGAACAGGGAGCCGGUCUACGAGAAGGUGGUCUUACCUGUGGUGGACCACGUCAGCUGUAGCUGCAAGUCGCAUGUUGUCAGUCACACGUCUCCUGCUCCUCCUCCCAGACUCCUCACCAAACCCGCCAUCUCCAAGAGCCAAUCGAAAGAGGAGCUGCAUCGCCACGACGACCUGAAACACAACCAGAGGUUCCAGUUGGAGGAUCAGGGGAGUCAGUGGCAAUCGAAAUACACGCUCACACACACGCAGAGAGCGCCCGUACACACACCCGCUCACACACCUGCACGCACACUCACGCAUACGAAGGGCUCAAGUCAGGACGCAUCGACGAGGCAUGCCAGCUUUGGAGUCACGCGUAUGCUGAGCGACAGGACGCAGCAGGACUUCGCACACCCAUCGGGUCCCGAAAAGGUUCCGGAACACCAAACACACCCAGGCAGCGGUGACGACAAAGAACACCCAGAACAUCACCAUAUGAACCAUGGAGCCGCGACAAAACGGCAACACAACCAGAGCAAAUCGCACCACCACGACCAAUCAGACGUCACGCUUGAUCACAGCGGGCAAUUGGAAGCGCCGGUCGUCAGAUUCAGCCACGUCGAGGUCAUUGGCCAAUCGAGCGGCCAGACCGAGCUGUCUGGCCAAUCAGCAACACCCAGUUUCCAAGUCAAGGACCAGGACAGAAGCCAAUCUGAGGCGGGGCAGGAAAAAACAGAGCAUCACCACCACCAGCAUCAUCAUCAUCCGGCACAAGCUUCUUCACAAAGAGCAGCAACGAACGCUCCAACCAGCAACCCGCUUCCGCCUCACACGACGCCUCCGCCUGUCCCGCAGCGGAAACGCAGAAGAAAGCAUAGGAGGAGAAUGAGCAAGUCCGCCAUGAGGGCAAUGAUCAUGGUCAUGUCCUAAACAAAACAGCACUUUGGCAUCACGGACCCGAAGACACCCCAGAGAGACGUCGGACACGCGACACGGACACGUACACUGACACACUGGAUCUAUCGUUCCCAAUAACUGGAAAUGGCUUUGACCUUGGAAACCCGGGACGUGUACUUUUCCCCGCAGGCAUCACGGCCAAGACGCUUAGAAUCAUGCGAUCCGUCCAUGGCACCUCAAAGAGAGCCUACUAAAAUAACCUGCCAAAUAAUGAGACUGCAAUGGAAACCAAUGCAAAGGGAAUGAGAUUGUAUCAUAUACUAAAGCAGCCAGCCUGCCAAAAACUGAGACUAUAUCUCUAACUCUAAGGAGUCAGCCUGCCAAAUAAUAACAUUGCAUCUCUAACGUUUAGGAGUUGGUCUGCCAGAUAAUGAGACUGCAUCUAAUACAAAGCAGACAUGACCUGCCAAAUAAUGAGAAUGCACAAAAAUCAAUGCAGGGAUGUUUUGCCAAAUGAUGAGAUUGCACCUAACACAAAAGAGGGAUAAUGCUGAAAUGAAAAACGUCAAAGCGGUGAAGAUGCGACCUGUCAAAUAAUGAGAUUUGGUCCUUAAACAGUGUAACACAGUAUGGCAAAUAGUGAGACGUGAUCGUAACCUGACAGACCCUUAACUUAUACUUGCAAAAUAGUGACUAACGGCGGGUCACGGAUUACUUUGUGGGGAAGUGCAAGAAAGUCUGCAUGGACUAUAAACGUCACGAUUACCCUGGACUGCAACAGCGCAGAUGAAAUUGUAUGUUUGAUGCUAGUUAAGAGAACUGGAUGCUACUGAACAGACUGGGAGUGUUCGAUAUUACCCGAAUUUAAUUUAAAACCUAACGCAGAUCUUCGCCUGUACACUCGCUUGCUCGUGUUUUUGUGUUGAAUAGAGUCGAAUGUGUGCACUGGAAUCGCUUCGAGGAAACGAAGCAGGAAAACAUGCUUAUCUGUGCUAUUAGCAAACUCUGCUAAUGCCAUAGCACUGGAAUAUACUGCAUGUUUUUAGCUUGAGCUUGUUAGCCAAAAUUGAAAAUGCAAACAACGAUAUGUCAUCAUCUACCGGCAAGGGAGGGGGUGAUACAACAAACUGUGCUUCGAAUGCUAAAACUACUGAUGCUAGGGGACAGAUGCUAGCAGGAACUUGUGUAUUAAAACUACUGUUCGCUAAUAAGCCAUGCAUAAUGUAAAUGUUUAAAUAUAUUUUUAUUUUUCUGCUGUAUUUUUUCUUUUCUUAACUUAUUUAUGAAAAAAGUAGAUGUUAUGGAUGAUAAUUAUUGUAAUGAAUGUAAUAAUGCUAUUUUAAUAUAAAUAUAAAUAUGUGAGAAUCA